GGUAAGUACAUAGGACAGCUUGGGCGUUCUAUGCCGGCGUUUAGAGCCGGGUCCCCAAGGGCCACAUAAAACGUCCGCAGUCCUUAAGGGGUUAAAAGGACAUAGGUUCCAGUACUGUUAUAUUCCAGCCACAUCUGCUUUCAGUACCACCAUCCUUCUCCCCCUUUUUGAGGAGUCAUACUGGGGGUAACACCCAUAUUUGAGAUGUGGUAUCUUCAGGCUCCUACCCUUCUUGUCGUUUUUUUUUUUUUUUUAAUUAAUACCAUAUAAACUUUAACAUAACUGAAUGGAUUUUGGAGAAAAAGGAUAACGGGAUAGACAAGGGUAGGGUCCUAAAAUAGUAUAGGAGUAAAUAGAUGCAACCCUUCCCAGCCAAGAGCAUUCCAUUUCUCUCCAUCUCUUUAUGUAAGGCGGGCCACACUUUAUUAAAAUUAUACAUAUGCAUAUUGGUUAAGUUUUUACAUAAAUUUAUACCUAGGUAUUCCAAAUAAUCUACUCUCCAUUUGUAAUGAUAUGUGCUUUUUAAAAUUACAAUGUCUAAAUGAUUAAUAUGAAGUGGGAGGUCCUGAGUUUUGGAUAUGUUCCAUUUAUAGUAUGAGACUUUAAAAUCUUUUAAAUUAGUUAAAGAUGAGAUCGGAUUCCUAACAGUCAAUAAAAUGUCAUCUGCAAACAAUCCUAUCAUAUGCAUUGAGUCCCCGAAUUUAAUUCCCUAUAUCUCAGGUGUGGUUCUUAUUAAUUCGGCUAAGGGCUCCAUUCCUAAAACGAACAAAAGGGGAGAUAAAGGGCAGCCUUGCCUGGUUCCAUUCGUAAGUGAGAACAUUUCUGAUUUGAAGCCCAAAGACGGUACAUGAGCCGUAGGGUUUCCAUAUAGAGCAGAGAUCACUUUAAUAAAAGAUGAGGGAAGAUUACAUUUUUGUAUAAUUUUCCAUAGAUAACCCCAGUCUAUUGUCAAACGCCUUCUCCGCAUCUAAAGAUAAGAUCAGAGAAGGCACCCUGAUAGAAUUAAUGUGUUGAAUUCGGUUAAUAAACCUUCUUGUGCUGUCAGGAGCUUGUCUUCUGUGCACAAACCCUACUUGAUCUCUCUUAAUUAUAAAAGGGAUAAGUUUAGCCAAUCGAUUGGCCAAAACAGCAUACAUUUUAAUGUCGUUAAUUAGCAAUAUGGGCCUAUAAUUAGAGCAUUUGUCAGGGUAUUUGCCUGGCUUUGGCAAGGUAACUAUCUUCUCACAAAGUGACUAGUCUGGCAUCUCCCCUCCGAUUUUGAAUGAAUUAAACAGUUCUACCAUAUGUGGCAGGAGAACCUUGAUAAAAGUUUUAUAGUGUAAAAUAGUGAAUCCAUCAGGACCCUGGAUUUUAUCAGUUGACAUAAGUUUAAUUGCCUCGCAUAUCUCUUCAGCCGAUAUAUUACAAUCUAAACGUUCUAAUUUAUCCACGGAUAUCCGAGGCAAUACCACUUUAUCUAAACAUUUAUAAAAAAAAUUUCCUCCAUUGGCUGAGUAAUGUCCGAAUUUAAAUUUGUUCUAUAAUUUACUGUAAUACUCAGCAAACAUGUUGCUUAUGUUAGUUGGAUGAACAAUCUUUUCCCCUGGAUCGUUUAGUAGAUAGGGUUUUUGGGGGGGGGGGAGUUAAACUGAGCGUUCCCUUGUUGAGGCCCUGUUACUCUUUAAAUAAAGUGUUUUUGUUUUGUUUUUUGUGGCGUCUCACCACAAGAGAAGUACGAUCUAUGUUAAUUUUUUUAAAAUGUUUCUUGGUAUCCUCUAUCAUAGCUGAUAGGGAAGCCAAUGGACCGAAUUUAUUGGCUUGAUUCAAAUUGUAUAGUUCCUUUUCCAAUAUUCUCAAAUUGCUGCUGUUCUCUUCAAAUAAGACGCCCUUGCAAUAAAAUGGCCUCUCAACACAGCCUUCUACGCAUUUCAAGUCACCUUGUCAAGGACCUCAGGCAAUGUAUUGUUUGAAGAGUAUCAGUCAUAACCUUUUCUGUAAUAGCCCUAUUCUCAACAUCCAGUAUCAAGUUAUUGCUCAACUUCCAAGAGCUGUUUGGAGUUGAGGAUAAGGUCUCCUCAAUAUGCAUAAUAAUGGAAGGGUGAUCCGACCAGUUAAUUUCCCAAAUUUCUGAUUUUGAAACAUGUUCAAUUGAAGAACUCUAUCCUUGAAUACAUGUUUUUGGAGACCGAAUAGUAGGUAUAAUCCUUCUAUCCCUCAUGUAGCAGUCUCCAGGAGUCAAACAACCCACAUUCAGUCAUAUAUUUCAAAUAUUUGUCUAGCCUGUUAUUUGUUUUACUGUUUCUAUGAUGUUUCUGUUGUAUUAUAUUUUAUAUAAAGGGUGGAUAAAAAGUACAUUUGACAAUUUUUACAUUUUCCACAAACACUGAUGGCAAAAUCUAUAUAAUAUACUGUGCUUAUUCUGUUUUGAGGGGAAACUAAAUUAGUUUCAUUCCACUACAGGUGCUCUUUUGGUUUAGGUGAAAAAUAACUGGUUAUGUCUAGUUUCCUUUUUAUUUUUCUAAUGCAGUGAAUGGAUUAAAUUUCAAUACCUAAAAUGGCUUUCACACAUUUGUGGGUGACCUGCCCUCUUUCAGAGACUAAAAUUGUUGAUGGACAUAUUUAAUCAGAAACUCUGCUUGUAGAUUAGAUAGUACUGUAUUACAUUGCUGUUCAGCUAGAAAAUUAUUCAGUGGCAAGGGUUGCUGUGGACUUGACCAGAAGUUAUUUCUUUAAAGGAAAUAUGAAAUAAUCACUAAUUUGGUUUUGAAUUAAAAAUGUAUAUAAAAACUUAUACUGUCAUCAAAUUAUAUUGUUACCCAGCUGAAAAGAAACUUGCGUCCAAGUUUAGUCUUUCUCACAUGUGUUUUUGCUGUUGAUCCAAAAGGACAAAAAGCCCAGUCCGAAGCGCUUCCAGUUUUUCAACAAAUUAGGAAUACAUUCCUUUCAGAUUCCAAAAUGGCAGUCUAUCUCCCUGGAUCAAGAAACGAUUACCCCACUAAUUGGAAAUUGUAUCCCUGUAUGUUAUGAUUUUGCAAGUAUUUAUCCAAUUGUUGUUUAAACCUCUGUAUAGACUCUUAUAAAUCCACCUCUUCAGGCCGAGAAUUCCACAUCCUUAUUAUUUUUACUUUAAAAAAAAACACUUUCUCUUGACUAAAUCUCCUUUCUUCCAGCCUAAAUAUGACUUUGUGUCUUAUGUAUAGUCCUGCUUAUGAAUAGAUUUCCAGACAAUGGUUUGUACUGGCCCUGAAUAUUUUUGUGUAAUGUUAUCAUAUCCCUUCUGAGGUGCCUUUUUUCCAAACUAAAAAGAUUAAAAAUGUUUAAUCUUUCUUCAUAACUAAAGUGCUCCAUUCUUUUGAUCAUGUUUGUAGCCUGUCUGCACUUUUUCUAGUGCCAUAAUAUCCUUCUUAGAACAUUGGGACUGCCAGCAUUUCACAUUUACUUAUAGGAUUGCCAAUUCUGUUAACAAAUAGCUAGUUUCCAAUGUUUCUUGUAAAAUUUACCGACCAGCUGUUACUCAAGUGCUAGUGGCUAUUGGUAAAGAGUAGCUGCUUUUUUUUCUAAUGCAAAGUACCCUUCUUUAGCGACCGGGAAUUACCAGAAUACAUUACUGUUAAUGUGUCCAAUAAAGUAAAUGGGACCCAUUAAUAGCUAGUUGCUGCCUGGUUUUUAAACUUGUCAAUAAAUUUUAAUUUAAACUCUCUCUACCUGAUGGAAAGACAACAUAAUUAAGUAAGGAGCAUAACCUAAAUCAUAAACAUACAACAAACCAAAAAUUAGAUAUAAAUGAUGCUGUGAAUACACAAAACAGAAGCGGUGCAGCUAGAUUCCACAGUGAAACCAACCACACAAUUUCUCAAAAACAAAUAGUAAAGAAGAUGACACAAAGUGGACAGUGCAAGAAUGUGAAUAAAAUAAUGUGGAACAGGUAUUACACUUGUACACAGUGUAUAUGUGAAUUAACAAAUAUACACACACUGAUUUAAGAACAAUUGCACUUAAAAGAGGAAUGCUUACAUAGGGUAAUAUAGUCUGUAUAUAAUACGUAUAGAAUCAACAUAAGAGGUUUUUUAUCUUUGAGCCUAUAUGAGUGACUUAAGUCUAAUGGUACAGUAACUCCUCUGAUGAGACUUUAAUAAUGUAAUCUUCACAGCAACCGUAACAUGGAGAUAAAACGUAUCAAAUUAAAGUAUAUAAAUGUAUUCCAAACAAAAAUAUAAUAUACUUGCAUAUUAAAAUGUAACAGGCUGCAAUGCACUUCGACUGGAUGCCUUCGUUAUGUGCAUAAUACUGUCCUUUUAAAGCCCCAAAUUGGCGCCAAAAAUCGUCCGCAACACACCCUCUUGCGUGCAUUGUGCCACUACAUGUGACAGAGUACACACCCUCCCGGUUCGUCCCGACCAACACAGGUAUUAUUCUUUCCUCAACGUUAUUCAGCACCUAAAAAAUAACAAAAUUGCUUUUAUAUUCUGUCCUUUUUAAAAUACACAUUUCGUAUGGAAAUAUAAAAACCACAAUGAAACAAAACUUUCUUCAAACCAAAGAAAAAAGCUCUAUCUCUACAUCCCUCCUCACACGAAUAGUAGGGAGAAGCCAAAUAACUUUAUACAACAAAACACUCUAGUAAUCUCUCUGCUUAAUAUUUAUUAUAUACAAUCCUAGGCAAGUCUCAAGUGCUAUGAUCGCUAUUGUCGGUCAGCAUACACUUGAAAGAAUAUUUUAAUGAGAGCCAUUUGCCAGCCAUUAUAGACUUUGCCACUUUGAUUAAGUUAUUUAAAUGUGGACUACAUGUAAGGUGUUUUUUUUUUUUUUUGUCUCUUUCAUGCCCCUCCCCAUCUUCAUGCAUCUUUUUUAAUACUAAGCUCUCUUCUGUGGUACAGGCUCUAGCAAAGGAACGUCGCAUGAAGCUUUUGAAACAGCAGCAUGAAGUAGAUGGAUUUUCAAAACAACUGGAGCAUGUGGUCUAUUUCUCAAAGUGGGCUGUCUCUAGUGGCAGUAGCACAGCAUUACUGUACAGCAAACGCUUGGUGAGUUAAAGCAGUUCACCUCUUCUUUCAGGUGGUCGUAUAUUGAUGCUGGAUGAAGUAGAGAGGUUAAUGGACAACAGUAAUGUAUCAUUUGUGCAUGUAAUAUACCUUGUCUGCCUUAAGGUCACUGACAAAUUUCAAAGACUGCUUUCAUAUUAAUGCACAUUCCCAUUACAGGCUGGUUUUUGGUUCUUUAAAACAUAUAAACAUUUAUUUAUGUAUGAUGCUCUUUAAAUAAAAAUUAUAGAGUCAAGAACACAAACUUUUAUUAAUUUACAUAUAGUCCUUGCCCCCCCUUAAAUAUAGUAAAAUUGUAACUUUAUUGCAGUCUGCUUGUGCUGACCCUGCCCCUGAUCUACCUCCUUAGUUGACAUCAGAAGUGAUGAUCACAGCCAAUCACAAUGCUUUUUCAUAAGAAAGCAUUGGAUUGGCUGAGAUCGUCAAUUCUGAUCAUCUCAGCCAAGUAGGUGGGCCAGGGGCAGAACCAAACACUGCCCUGGCCAAUCAGAAUCUCCUCAUAGAAAUGCUUCAAGUCAGUGCAUCUCUAUGAGGAAAGUUCAGUGUCUCCAUGCAGAGGGUGGCGACACCGAAUGUCCGUGCUGCACAGUAGUGUGCAGCACUUCCGCUUGAAGCACCGCUAGUGGCCAUCUGAGGUGGCACACUGCAAAAAGCCUGCAGGGAUGGACUAUACUCGCCAGAACUACAUUAAGAGGAGUUGUUUUGGAGGUUAUAGUGUCGCUUUAAAUUAUGAAACAUAAUUUUGAUUUUGAAGCACAGUAACACAUUGUUCUAAAUAUUGUGUGUAAAAUAUAAUUUCCACAGUUCAAGAAUUGACUUCUGUGCACAUCAGACUUCCAUAUUACCAAGACUUCCAUAUUUCAGUGGGCCACUGUAAAGUCAUAUCAAUUCCUGUGUAAUUACAGUGGGUGUGUGUAAGCUAUCAAGAGGAGUGGUUUGUAAUCUGGUCCUCAGGAACCUGCAACUGACCUGGUUUUGUUGAUGCCUGCAUAGGAACAGAAUUGUGAAAUUCCUACAUUUUAGUCCCCUCGGACUGCACCAAGAAUCAUCUGUGAUUUAAAAAUAAUUGAAAAACAUUUUCUUUUUUUUCAUUAAAUAACAUUUUAUUCUCUUGACAUAUCCUUCUCAGUGGUUUAAAGCAGCAGAUUUUAAAAUCCUACUUUUUGUCCCGUUAAAGGUCUUAUUUUAUAAUGUUAAUAACAAUGGUUUCAGGAAAAUGUGUAAAAUCCACCUUUGAGCUGUGAAAAUGUUUUUAAACUUUCCCGAGGAGUGCUGUAUUGGGUCAGUGGAAAAAAUAAUUUCUCCUAAUAGUUAAAUGGAGACCAAAGCACUGAAUAAAAAUAAGCAGUUGGCAUAAUUUCCUUAAUCUGCAUGCAAUAGCACACAACAAUGGAUGUGAUAAAGUUAGUUUUCUGUAUGUGUGUGAUAUAUAUGCAAUUAAAAAUAUAUGUAAAUAGAGUUAAACUGAGUUAUUGUACAUAAAGAGCUCUAGGUGUCCUUUAAAAGUCUAUAUAGUGUUGUGUGUUAACAAAUUCAGCUGAACAUGCACAGGAAAAAAUCAAAUAGUUUUGUCCUUUUUAUUAGUGUUAUUCAUUGACCUGAUUAAAAAUAUGUAGAGAGAGAGAUAUAGCCAGGCUACAGAAAAGUAACCAUAUGAGUUUUAAAUGAAUUUAGAGGAGCAAAAGUGGGAAUGUAAGGGGGGAGAAAGAUGGGCAAAGUCUUUGCUGGGGUGAAUUGUAAAUGUCAGAUUUUAUUAACCAUUUAAAAUGGGAAUUAUACAGUGCCAACAUAUUUACCAGAAAUUAGUACCAAUCUGUUUGCUAUUGAUCACUAAUUGACUUUUAAAAUAUAUAUUUUUGAAAAUGGGAAAACUGCAGAUAUGGUGAAUGUUUUCAUGCAUUUUUCAGAUUACCUUUCGUCUAAGACACCUGCUUCGUGCAAGAUGUGAUGUUACCCCAGUAACAAACACUGUGCAGUUUCACUGUGAUGCUAAUUCAUGGGCUCAGAAUAUAUUCAGUUUAGGUAUUGCUCACAUUGUUUUCAGUACUACUAAAAUAUAUAUAUAUUUUUGUGUAUAUAUAUAUGUGUGUGUGUAUAUAUAUAUGUAUGUAUGUGUGUGUGUGUGUAUAUAUAUAUAUAUAUAUAUAUAUAUAAAUAUAAAAAAAUGUUUGUAUGUAUUUUGACAUAUUUUGUUUAUUUGACACCUCUGAAAUAGGCUCUCUUGCUAUUGAAGAGGGAGACCCCUCACAGCUACCGACUCCUAUGGAGGUUCAGAGUUCUCAGGGGACACAGCCUGGCAACCAGUUGCCCAAAUUUCCAACUCAGAUCAACCUUGCACAGCUCCGCAUCCAUCAAAUGCAUCAGCAGAUCAUGGCACAGCGGCAACAAGCUCAGAAUCGACCUGCCCCUAUGGGGCUGCAGAAUCCAAAUAUGCCCCCACAUAAUCCUCGUGUUCAAGGACCCAUGCAAAACCAGCCUCAUACGAAUAAUCAGGUUUAAAGCUGUUUUGUUAUUGUCUUUUUGUGUUUUUUGUUUUUUUUUCCCUUGCCUUGAAAAUACACAACCCUUUAUUAGUACAGAUAUAUAUGUAAUCGGUAUGUUUUGUUAUUUUAUUUGAAAAGCAGUGACUUUUUCUUUUAAUCUCCGCUUGCUAUUUUAUACAUUUAUGCAUUAAGUCCUAAAGUAAAAACGGCAUUGUCUUGACAUACUUUAUUUUUCUAAAUAGAUUUUUUUUUUCUUCCACUCAUUCUGAAUCUGGUAUUCUCCAUUUUUAUGUACCCUUGGUGCAGAAGAAAAAGUAGAGGCUACUUGGUCAUCUGUGAAUUUCCUAUGCUUGACAAAUGGUGGAUCUUAAAUAACAGAAUAGUCCCAUAAUGCUUAUCUGUAUGUCAUGUAAUUAGGUAGGGCUAUGAAAGAGGAACUUUAAAGUAGCACUUCAAUAAUUAUGACCACUAUGGCCAGCUGUAGUGGGUAUUGUGCCAGACGUGUCCUGGUGCCAUCACAUGAGAAGUAGCUAAAACAUUUUGCUAUAGAUUAACCGCUUACGUGGGUCUCAUUGGGUGCCCGAGACUACAGCACCUGAUUCUGGUCUUCGUCAGCUGAAAAAUCUUGUUAGCUCUAUAGAGCUAAGCAAUGCAAGACAGUGCUUAUUGUCUAAAAAUGUGAGCGGAGCGCUCGGUCAGUGAGUGUAGUCCUCAAUCAGCCAUGCUUCAUUCUAUAGAGACUAGAUGCAGUGUGGGUGCCUGGGGAACCCAGUUAAGUUGUUAAAUCAUUUUUUUUAUAUGGUUUUUAGUUCUUACUGUGGACUUCUGCCAAGUUUUAGUGGUUUUGGUGUUUGAAGUAUCCAUUAGCAUGCAAACAGUAAUUAAUUCCCAAUGGGCUAAAAUGUGUGUGUAUAUUAGAUGUGGUUAUCAAGUGACAUGCACAAAUCCCAAAGUAACGGAUAUGCAGGUGUAGUUACUCAUAUUCAUUUUCUAAAAAUAGCGGUAUCUCAUUUCUUGCAUGGUUUUAUGUUUUACUGUGAUAAUUGCUCGGAUGCAUUUUGGUUCUGUCACUAUAAUCUGCUGCUUCUCUUAAAAUUGUUAGAGUUAUGAUUUGGUGUUGACCAAAAAUUUAAUUGUAAAAAAAAAAAAAAAAAUUGUACUGCAACAUCUAAAGUAAUAUCACAAAAAACUGUUUUUGUUAUGCAUUUUACUUUGCUAUGGACACUAGUAGCUAUAAAAUCUGUUUCUUCCAGAUGCAGCGGUUUGUAAAUGUUCAGAACAUGAACCCAAGAGCCAAUGGCAUGAUGCCCAAUCAACCAGUGCGAUAUCCUCACAAUCUUCAGGCUGCACAUGAACUGCAGAAUAUGCAGCACAUGCAAAAUAUGACAAGGAGACCAGCUCCCAACCCUGUCCGUGUGGCAUUUAUGGCACAGCAUGCCAUGAAACAGGUAGAAAAAACAACAACCCUGUGCUGUUUCUUACGAUCAAUGAAACUGCACUUUUUAAAGAUCUAUGACAUAAACAUUUUUAGCAUAUUUUUAAAUGUGGUUCAAUGUUACUUGAUGUGCUAAAACAGUGUUUUGUUGUUUUUUUUGUUUGUUUUUUUUUUAUUAUAGUGAAAGCAUUUUAUAACACCUUUUAUUUGUGUUUUCUGUUACCCACUUUGAUAGCAAACAAAUUGUUUUUUAGUUUUCGGGGUUUCAGUUUACUUCAAUGCAUUUGACAUAAAGGUACAAACUAAAGCUGUUGGCAAUAUACGCAGGUAGCAAAUUAUUUACUCUCCACUUAUAAAAGGUGAAUGGAAAUUGAAACAUGAAAGUAACGUUUAUCCACCUCUCCAUUGGCACAGAAGUUGGCAGUAUAGUAAAUCAAACAAAUCUGAAGAGUAGAAUUGGCAUGUGCUUCAGUCUCCUUGCUUCCAUGUGGCUUGGUUUUGUUAGAAUACAGGAUGCAGUUUUGUGGCUUAUUAUCCUCUGUAAUGUGAUGCUCAUGUGCAGUAGUAAUGGCUAUAUUCAGUGAUGGAAGCACACCACAUUUUCUGCUCCUCUCGGAACAGCAAUAGUCAACACUCUCAUUUUGAAGGAAAAUAUUUUUCUAUUAAAAGGAGGAGGAACAAUGUUAUUAAUGGUUCAGUCCUCCUCACUUACAAGUUGUGUGUGUUUAGUGCUUUUAUUUGUCCUGGUGCUAUAAAGCAAAUUCUGAAGGAAAUUGUCACUCACAAAAAAUCCUGUUUGUGGUAGCAAGUAUCUUUUAGACGUGGCUAGUUGCCCAAGACCUAAAAUGUUGAGUCUUGAUCAAUGUAAUUGUUGUAAGUGUGUAUUGGGGUGUGCCUUAGGUGAGCACAACCCACAGCAGUGUUCCACACUUCUGUUAAAUCAUUUAGUGUAUGCAUUUGUUGUUUGUUUUCCCGUGAUUGUAAUGUUUGCAACAUAUUAAAGUCAAAAUAUAAUAAAUGUAACCGCAGCCGGUUCCCCUCUUUACCACUAUAACAUCUUAAAGCAUAGAAUUUAACAGGGUUUACCGUACAGAAAUCUUAGCCACAAUAUAGUUCGUAAGGGUUCCUCUAUAUAAUAUAUAUAAAGUGAGAAUACAAUAUUAAAUAGGGAUUGUCAUGGAAGCAAUAAAGUUUUUUUUUUUUUUUUUUUAAUAUUAUAUUAUAUAUAAAACCUCAAUAAUCCAUUACAAUAUUUAAUAGCAGAGUUUAUAAGAUUAAAGUAUCCGUAAAAUAGAAUAACAUACCCUCAUGGACAUGUCAACCUCUCAGUCAUGAUAAAAUGGAGCAGCGUCUCAGUCUCCAAAAAUCACUUGUGUCCUAAUAUUAAGAAGUACACAUUUAUACCUUAGAUUUUCAAGUAGGUCAUGAUAGGACCUACCUUAACUUGGCAAAGAUACAAGGCUGUAACUUUGUUGUUUCAUAUGGGAAUAUUUUAUGUUUAGACUAAAACUUAACGUGGAAAAUUCCCUGACAUGAGGAUUUCCACUAACCUAGGACAAAAUGGCGUCCUAAAGUCUGAACACCAUAUUCACUGAAUAUGGGUAAGAGGUCAUUUAUUAAAGAAACAUUGUAUGGAAAACAAUAUUUUCCAUUUCUAACAUUGUCAGUUUGCAAAAUCUCUUAAAGACAAAGUACACAGUUUAAGAAUACAUCUUUUCAUUCUAAAUACUUGUAAUAUUUGCAUAUACCCAUAACAAAAUGUCUUUGCUUUAAGUGGCAGGUCACCGGAAGCCCUGCGGUUGUAAAUUCAUCAGCCAACAACUCUACGUCCACUCCGUCCAGUCCCACCAUUACUAGUGUUGCUGGUAGUGAUCGGAAGAGUCUCUCUUCACCCAUUAUUGAUUUGGUAACUUCUGCUGCCAAUUCAUUCAACCUUCCUCCCUUGCCUGAUGUAAGUUUAAAUUAAUAAAUUGGUAAUAAUGAAAUUGCACAAGUGAUUUAUGGGUAUUUACUUUUUGUGGAUAGUGGAUCUAUAACAGGUAUAUGUGUUAAAAUGCAGGAGAGCAGCUAAAAUCUAAAUGUUGAAUAAGUCCAUCUGGGAGCCUACAAUCGGGCACCAUGCCAGUCCUCUGAUACUUGAACACCAGCCAGUGAAACUUCCAUCCAUGCCAACAUGCCAUUUUCUACUAUUUACAGCCAAGAGGAACAUUUAUUUAAUCAAAUCAAGGUGUUCUCCAAUCAUUAGAAUAUUCAAUGGUUUUGUGUAGUCAGGAAAUGUAGUCCACAGCAUUUGCAAUGGGAAAUGUUGUGUAAUGGAACAUUUCAUUUGAUGCAUAGAAAGGCAGGUAGUGUAAUGUUGUACGAGGAGACCUUAGGAUUUCUUUAUGAGCAUGUCUGCAAUCUUUUUCUGUGAAUGAUGUAGAGCUGUCCUCUCGCAGAUUAAUUUAUGGAUAACGACUUGCAAUGCCCUAUCAUUCACUUGUAUGUUGUAACUUUUUUUUAUUGACAUUUUAAAGUAUUUCACGUGAUUUAAUACAAGAUUUUUAUUUUGCUUCUGAAAGAUCGACAGUACUGGCAACACCAUUAUGGAUAACAUGAUGCGUAAAGAAAGCCAUGUGGACAACCAUCAUCAGAGAAUGCUGUCACACCGAACUGUACAGUCCCCUAAUUCUUCUGUGCCAUCGCCUCUAGGUACUUUUGGCUUCUUUUCUACCAGUAACUAAGCAACUUUGUCAUAUUUUAUAGUUCCUUGAGUGAUUAUUUAAAAGUAUGUAUCAGCCUGCAGUUUUAAUUACAAAUUGUGAUUAAGUGGGGCACCAGCAAAUUAUAGCCUUUCUUGACUGAAAUUGGCCAAAAUUUAAGUACCAAAUGCCUCCCACAAAGGUUAAUCCUGAAUAUUGGAGUUUUUCCAAGCAUGUAUUUUUAAGUAUCCACUCUUACCGGUGUCUUUGAGAAUGACCUUGUAAGCAAUUGUCCAAUAACCAUUACAUCUGUGUCGUCCACAUGUGGCCGUUUGAGUUACCAGUUAAAUUUAACCCCUUCCCGACCCAGGACGGUUCAGGACCGUCAUCGACAUUUUUGGCUUGCCGACCGAUGACGGUCCUGAACCGUCCUAACGGUCUGAGCUACUUACCUGAUCGCCGUCGUUCCCCCGGCGGCGAUCAGCGUGGCUCCGGUUGUGGGGAGACUGCCUGCAGCCCAGACAGUCUCCCCACACUGAUUUAGGACCCCUGUGGCCAUGUGAUCGCUUAACACAGCGAUCACAUGGUCACAAUAGGUGUCCAUGUGUCUGCCUGCAGGGGGACUGUCUGUGCUGACAGGCAUUCUCCCUGCAAGUGUAAAAUCAGAAAAAAAAAUAAAGUUAAUGUUAAUAAAAAAAAUUAAAAUAAUUAUAUGUGUAUAUAUGAUAUAUAGACAUAUAUUAUAUCUAUAUAAUGUCUAUAUAUCAUAUAUAUAAUGCCAUACUAAGUGUAUUUUUAUAUUAUUAUGUACUAAUAUUAAUAUAAAAAUACACUUAUAAUUAAAUUACACACGUGUGUAUAUAUAUAAUAUAUAUAAUAACUAUAUAUAUUGUGUAUAUAUAUAUUAUUAUAAAAUAUAAAUAAUAAGUAAUUUAAAUUAAAUAAAUUUUUUUUAAAUAAUAAUAAUAAAAUUUAAAAAAAUUAUAUAGCUAUAUGAAAUUUUAUUCUAACUGUAUUUUAAAAUUAAUAUAUAUAUAUAUUUAUAUCAAAAUACACUUAGAAUGAAUUUGUAUAUAUAUCUAUGUAUAUAAAAAUAAAUACAAAUAAUAAGAAAUAUACAUACGUCCAUAUACAAAAUUACAUAAAUAAUUAUAUAAAUAUACACGUAGACUUCAAAUAUAUAAAUAUGCAUAUAUAUUUAAAUUCUACGUGCGUAUUUAUGUAAUAUUUUUACAUAAUUCAGUAAUUUUAUUGAUUGCAAUUUGAGGGACCUGCCUGCCAACCCAGGCCGAAAUUCCAGAGAAUUGAAUUUGCUAGCACUGUAUUUUACCCUGUAACGUUCUACGACACCCUAAAACCUGUACAUGGGGGGUACUGUUUUACUCGGGAGACUUCGCUGAACACAAAUAUUAGUGAUUCAAAACAGUAAAACAUAUCACAGUGAUGAUAUUGUCAGUGAAAGUUACUUUUUUGCAUUUUUCACACACAAACAGCACUUUUACUGAUGAUAUAAUUGUUGUGAUACGUUUUCCAGUUUUUAAACACUAAUAUUUGUGUUCAGCGAUGUCUCCCGAGUAAAACAGUACCCCCCAUGUACAGGUUUUAUAGCAUUUUUGAAAGUUACAAGGUCAAAUAUAUGGGUCAAAUAUUUUUACAUUGAAAAUGGCCAGGUUGGUUACGUUGCCUUUGAGAGCGUAUGGUAGCCCAGGAAUGAGAAUUACCCCCAUGAUGGCAUACCAUUUGCAAAAGAAGACAACCCAAGGUAUUGCAAAUGGGGUAUGUCCAGUCUUUUUUAGUAACCACUUGGUCACAAACACUGGCCAAAAUUAGCGUUCAAUUUAGUUUUUUUACUUUUUUCACACACAAACAAAUAUGAAUGCUUACUUUGGCCAGUGUUUUUGACUAAGUGGCUACUAAAAAAGACUGGACAUACCCCAUAUUGAAUACCCUGGGUUGUCUACUUUAAAAAAAAUAUGUAUAUGUGGGCUGUUAUUCAGAGAUUUAUGACAGAUAAUAGUGUUACAAUGUCACUAUUGAUAAAUUUUAAAAAUGUAUGUUUUGAAACCGCAAUAUCCUACUUGUACCUAUAGCCCUAUAACAUGCAAAAAGCACGUAAACACUAGGUAUUUUUAAACUCAGGACAAAAUUUUGAAGCUAUUUAGCAGUUUUUUUCAUUCGCUUUUGUAGAUGAGUAAAAGAUUUUUCAAGUAAAAGUCAAAAAACAUGUAUUUUUUUCAAUUUUUCAUCAUAUUUUUUUAUUUUUUUUAAAUUAAAAUACAUGAGAUUAUAUAAAUAAUGGUAUGUAAAGAAAGCCCCUUUUGUCCUGAAAAAAACAAUAUAUAAUUUGUAUGGGAAUAGUAAAUGAGAAAGCGGAAAAUUACAGCCAAACACAAACACCACAAAAGUGUAAAAAUAUGCCUGGUCGCAAAUGUACAACAUCACAAAAACAGUCCAGUCCUUAAGGGGUUAAAUAACUCAUUUUGUUGUUGUGUUUUUUGUUUGGGAGUUCAGUAUUUUAUUGUUCCAAUUUUAAAAGAAUAUUAAUUGAAAAACUGUAGUGUUAAGAUUACAAACUUGUAUUCCUAACGCUAUAUUGUUCUAGUAAAUAUUUAGAUUCAUGGUGGGCAUCUGACAUUAUCUUUGUGCUGCUUGUACUUGUGUGCACCUUUCACUCUUACUUUGUCUUUAAAAUCACUAUAAACAAAAGAAUUCAGAAAAAAGAUAUAGGUGUAUGUAUUAAGAAUAUAUUUUCUCUAAAAUGUAUAUAUUUAAUAUCUAUAUCUAGAUCUUUUAGAGAAAAAUAAGUAACAGUCAAGUGACCAUCUACUUGUCAUGUUACACACAACUCUAGCUUACAUGGUCCCUCAUCUGUCAGUUGUUAAUGCUGCAGACAUAAGAAUCUUUGCUGACAGCUGAGUGACAGGGUAGUGCAGGAGAACCCUCCUAGAAGCAGUUUUCCUGCUAUCACUGUGCUAUUCUUCUAGUUAUCCCUAAUCUUCCUCUUGCUGUGGUCAUAUGAUAUACCUCCGGACACCAAUGGACUUGCAAUGACUAGCAUCAUGGCGGAGGAUUUUUGUUUGUGUAGUACAAUAAUACUCAUGAACCUUGGUGAUUGCGCUGGCACAUUGCAGAAAAUGCGAGUACAACUGUUCCUAAUCCACAAAAUAUAUAAAUUGUUUGAUAAAUUAUAUAUUUAUUGCUUUAGGAAACAUUGUUUGAGAUGAAUUGGUCUUGACAGGUUCACUUUCAGACAGGCUUUGGAAACUUUACAACAGCUUUUUUUUUAUUUAUUUUUUUUAUUUUAUUUUUUACUAGUUUGAAUUUGGUCUGUUAUUUGUGAGGGUAACUUUAAACAAACAAGAUUAAACCUUAUCUCUCAAGUAAAUGUUCUAGGCAUAGCUUUUCUGUCUGGGUCAACCAUAACAAUAAUUGCAUUUUAUUCUUGCUGUACCCAAAGUAUUUAACUUUUAUGUGUAACUUUGGUAUCUUUACAAAAUAUAAUUCAUUAUUUUGGAACAUGGGAUAUGUGUAGAGUGUAGAAGUUAAAAUUCUAGCAGAACAAAUGACUUGCACAUGAGUUAGGCAUUUAAAAAAAAAAUGUAUUUCAAAGUAAGGAUACAUUUAGAGCAAUGUAAAAGUUGCUAGGAAAGAGACAUUUGAGUAUUCUCCUAGCUCUAGACAUGUAGAUCAAAACUAAGAAAUAUUUCUCUGUGGUGGUUACAUUUUGAUAUUCUAUUUAUUUAUACUGGUUUUGUUUUGAUGCUCUAUAAACAUAGUUUUGUUUUUAAAUUUAAUUUGCAAUUUAUCUUAGGCAUGCAUGAUAUGCACAACUGCAUUUAAUGUACAUUUUUAUGUUUUACUAAUGGGUAGUAAAAUAUUCAGAAAUUUUUUUUUAUACCAUGUAUGCUGUUCUUAAAGUAACACUAUUACUCCCUAUACAAACUUUUAAUUACGCAGUCUUUUAUUUUGCUAAAUAGAAGACUUUGAAUGGCAGCUUCAAGCACUCUGGGUAUUCGAGCCAGGAGUGUUACUUCCCAGCUCUCAUACCUUAGUAUACUAUAUCAUGCGUUCAUGCAUUUAUGAUUCUCUGUAGCAAAAUCAUAGACUCAUCACGGCGAGUGCCAUCCAUGCUCUUCCGGUUCUCGGUCCUUCUCUAUUAGGAGAAUUGGCUGAGACGGUCAUUCUGGAGGUACGCCUGCAGGAUGACAUCAGGCGAGAAAGGGGCAGUGCCGAACGAGAUUCGGCGCUUGAGAGAAGUUAAGUAAUUUGUUUGCCUUUUUUGUUUUUUUCUUUUUUUUGUUUAUUUGGGGGGGGUGGUUUAACCUAAUUACUGGGGUGGAUCACUGAAACGAAGUAGGGAAAUUAGUACUGUAGCAUUAAGAAUACAGGUAUGUAUUCCUAACACUACAGUUUCCCUUUAAUGUUAAUUUAAUAUCACAUGAUAUUUUUAAAAUAGGAAACCAGAUAAUUGUUGUUUGUUCUCUUCUAGGGUCCAUGGCUGGCAUUCAUCCACCAAUCCGUACGUCGAGUGCAUCCAGCAUUGGAAGCAGGGAAAGGUAAUUACAUGUUCAAUUGAACUAGCACACAGAAUCAGAAUAUGCAUUGAGCUUGGGUUUGCUGAUAGUCAGUUUGCAGCAUUUUGUGUCAUGGCAGAGAAUUUUUUAUUUUUUUUAAUUUUUUUCAUAUAUGCCAUAUUUCCUUAAUGAGUUACAUCUAACUAACCUUUUUUUCUUUCUUUUUAUUUGGCUAGUUCUGGCUCUUCAGGCAAACCUACAGGAGGAGCAGAUUCAACGCAUAAGGUUCCAGUGGUCAGACUUGAGCCCAUUAGGAUUAAACCAGAGAACAGUGCAGAGAAUGAGCCUUUUGAAUACCCAGUGGUAGUUGUUAAACAGGAGAACAGGCGUAGACUGCAAGCAUCCCAAAAUGUAAGCAUGAAUCUUUUAAUUGAACUAUUAAAAUUUGUUGUAAAUUUAAUUUUUUUUAAAUCACAUGCCUGUCUAAUUUUUUUUUCAAUUGUAUUUAACGAAGAUAAGAGCCAUCAUCCCCAGUUGUCCAGUUUGUGGCUAAUGCCUUCAAAUCAUUCUUCACCAAAUCUACCCAGCUGAAACCUGCGCACCAAAUCCAUCCAUCCAUCAAUAUGGAUUAUUUUUAUUUCUUUUAAUUUUUAAAAAUAAUUUUAUCUGCUAGACCCCAAGUUAGUUAGAAGAUGAAUAUCAUAGGUCUACCAAAGUCCGUGCUGUCCAUACAUGGUUUUAAGCUGUUCAGCUAAAUUUAUCCUAAUUCCUUUUACCAGUUCUCAAGCAAAGUGCAACAGUGCAGAAUUUAUCAUUUAGGCUUUGUCCUCUUAUCCAUUGGCUGGGUUAUUGUACUGUUCUGCAACUGUAAUUGCUGUGAGAAAGUUGGAUAAAAUGAAGACUAUGUUUGGAUGUUUAAUCUAGUGACUUCCAGACAGGUGUCAUGGGAUUUUAUGCAAUUCACUAGCUACCCUGAAACACGUCCGUUCCAGGAUUUCAUUCCAUUGUGUAUCAACUGUUGUGUACUAACUGUUGAAUUUUUACUUUGAGAUGAGUGUAUUUUGUAACUGUGGCUCAUUUUGGUACAAAUCUAGAACUUUACUAAGCUUUUAUAUAUCACAUAAUCAUCAUCUGACUUUAAACUUUUUUCUUUUAAUAUUACUCAUAAUUUAUUCCCUCUCCCCCCACCCCAAAGUCUGAAUUUUCAGGCAGCAUCUUAACAUCAAUGUUGCUAGACAACAACAGAAAUCGGAUAUCCAAGCAAGACACUGUCUCUAGGAGGGAUGCACCAGACAGCACUGGCGACAGACAUGUUGUGCAGGAAGGUCCUUACACCGCAACAAAUGACUGGAUGUCUCAGGGGCGGGCAACAGAGGGUGGCAAAGAUGAUGAUCCUAAUGAAGAUUGGUGUGCAGUGUGCCAGAAUGGAGGGGAGUUGCUUUGCUGUGAUAAAUGUCCAAAGGUUUUCCAUAUUUCAUGCCAUGUGCCUACACUGAUGAACUUCCCCAGGUGAGUUGCUGUAAUAGUAUAGACUGAGCACCUCCACAUACCAUGAGUGGUGUCAUGGCAGAGAAAAGAAAAGAUAAUUUUAUAUCUUUACAAAUGAUGAAUCCUGAGACUCUUGUCUAAUGCUACAGCAUUUCCAAUCACUUCUAUCCUUAUUAAGGUAAAUUUUGACUGAGUAGGUCUACAUAGAUUCUGUCUUUGCCACGUACUAAGGAUUAUAUUGUUCCUUCCCUAAAAAUAUUACUUGUUUAAGUAAAACGCCUAACAUGAUUUUUGAGGAUUGCAUGUUGCAUAUUCGUAUAGCGUAAGUUGGGGUUGCACAGUGUGUCUGGUAACUAAAUAAAACAAUACUGUACUGUAGGGCACAGUGCUAAAUCAAUCAAGAGUAUUUAUGUCAGACAACCUGAGACAGUGUCAGUGACGCUCUUAAAAUAAUUACUUGUAUAAUUUUAUUUAUUGCAAGUCACCCUAAGAAAUGGAUAUUUUUUUACUACGGGGUGUCUGACAAUUUGUCUACUAAAUUAAAUGCAAUUAAAAAAACACUUGUUUUGAAGAGUUUGGGUUUUUUGGUGGUAUAGCAAAAAUAAAGAAUGGAAAUUGGAUAUUUGACUACCUCACUGCAAGGCUUAAGACAUUGUAAUAUCUGGAGACAGGCUGAUGAGUAAAGUAAUAAAACAGAACAAACAUGCAGAAUUCGGGCACUUUUCCAAUGCAUGAUAUAGGCCUCCGUGUUUUAAACCAAUGGUAUUUUAUAACUAACUGGAAAAAAAAAACAACACAACAUAAAUGGAUAAUGCACUGCUUGUUUUACGGCUUCAUACAGCCACCUUUUUAGAAGACACCGUGAAACAAAGGUUUUUUUUUAGGUCCAAUCUGAAAAUGGAAAUUUGCUAGUAACAAUUGAUAGUUAUUUAUUAUUCACUCCUCUAAUAGUUUUUGUAUCUUCAUCCUGAAUAGAGAAUAGCAGACAUGUCUAUCAAAGUGUCUUAAAAACAAAAAACACUGUUAAUGUUAUACUGUGUAAAGAAUUGAAUUAACCUCAUUUUACAGAUAUUACUGUUGUGGAAGGUUUUUAACCCCUUAAGGACCAAACUUCUGGAAUAAAAGGGAAUCAUGACAUGUCACACGUCAUGUGUCCUUAAGGGGUUAAAGAGCUAUGUUCUCCAAAAGUUAGUUGCUGGUAUAAUGUUUUUUUUUCUUCCCCAUGCUGACACCAUUAUGUUUGAUACAGCCACAUUGAUAUAAAAUGUUAUUACCGUAUAUUGAAUUUUUUUUAUUUUUUAUAUCUUAGUGGAGAAUGGAUCUGCACCUUCUGCCGUGAUCUUUCCAGACCAGAAGUGGAUUAUGAUUGUGAUGAUCCGUCCCUCAUGGAGAAGAAAAAACUGGCAGGAAUUCAAAGCAUGCCACCUAUUGAUCAACGAGUAAGUACUGUUUCAAAUAAUUUUAAUAAGUACCAGUGCCAUUACAUAUUUGCUCCUAGCAGUUUCUGUAUUCAGUGCUGGAAAAGUUUUAAUAAUUGUGAAUUAAUUUAGUUGGUAUGGGUCCAUAUGGAAUUGUAGAUUUAUGUAGUGCUUUCAACUCCGUGUCUGGACAGGUACCUAUUACAAAUCAUCAUACAGUACUUCUCAAUUGUUAUUGCCACCACAUAGCCUAAAAAGUGCAACUAUUUAUGAGCAAGAUGUCGAGCCAAAUAGUAAUUAUUGUGCAGAUUGCUACAUGGAAUAUAAAAAUGAUCCUGUUAAUGCUGGAUUUGGGGCUAUUGCUUCUAUGCUUAGGCCACUAUUGUGGACUUGGUUAGCACCAUGCCUUCUGUGCUCAUACUUUGGUCCCCCGUUUCAUAGACCAACUUGCAUGGCUCACCUCCAAUCCCCACCUUAUUUGAGGAUUUUGCCCCUCUUCAGAAUUUUGACACUUGACUUCUCAAAUGUCAAGCAUGUUUCUGUGCUUUCCACACACCCCUAGUGAUGCACCUGAGGAUACUGUAUCUUCAUACAUGAUAUGGGUUUCUGUGUGAUACCUUGGCAGAGGUAGUGUGCCCUAAUGCUAAGCCUAUGGACUGUUGUAUUGUAGCUAGACAGACCUUGUGCCUUAAAGGGACACUAUAGUCACCUUAACAACUUUAGCUUCAUGAAGCAGUUUUGGUGUAUAGAUCAUGUCCAUGCAGUCUCACUGCUCAAUUCUCUGCCAUUUAGGAGAUUAAAAACUUUGUUUAUACAACCCUAAUCACACCUCCCUGCAUGUGACUUGCACAGCUUUCCUAAACACUUCCUGUAAAGUCAUCUAUUGUGUAUACUUCCUUUAUUGCAAAUAUCUGAUAGUGAAACCAUUUUUUUUUUUUCCAUGCAGGCUGUGUCCGUCACAGCCAAGGGAGGUGUGAUCAGGGCUGCAUAAAUAGAAGCAAAAGUAUUUUAACUCCUAAAUGGCAGAUAAUUGAUGGUGGGACAUCUGUAGCACUUCCACGAGGUUUGUGACGGGUCUCGGUAAAAACCUCUGGAUCCUUGAGGUGAUCUUUCCAUGGCUGCCACUUAAGCUUUCAGUACAGUUCCCACAACAGUUUUCAUAUGUCUUGGAUAUCCCACAAUACUGUCCAGAUAGCUACCUUUCAAGCCUGCGUGGUGUUUAAAAUUGAUAGGGGAAAAAAAAAAGUUUGAAUCUGUUGAGCAAUCUGUCAAAUAAUUUAUACUAGUAAACUGCAUAUACAGAAUGCAGUGUAUUGCAUGUACAGAAAAUUGCAAUGAAAAAGUAAAGAAGCCAAAAGUCACCAAGAAAAAAAAAAUAUGUAGCCACAGUGGGCUAUACAAUAGGCAGAAUAAUGGUACUUUACUGUCUUCAAAGCUGUCCACAGUACCUCAUAGCUUGUAGGAAAUUGUAAGAAAUGUUUGGAGUUGAUUUGAUGCACAGUAUGUGAGGCCUCUAGAUGGGAUAGAAUUAAGCUUAAAGAGAAAGUAACUGUAGAGGAAGAAGUCAUUUUAAGUGUUGCAUUGUCUUCUUUCCUUCUCCAAUUGGGAGGGACUACAUCCAAUAUGUUAUGACUUGUGGGCUCUCACUAUCCUAAAGAAAAUUGUCGGGUAAGAACAAUGAAACGAGCGAACUUUUAAACUUGCUGUUGGAGAUGUCACAAAAAGCCUCUAAAUGUAAACAUUACAAACUUGGUAAGUUGGUAUUUCUUCUCAAAAAUCUUUUCUAAUAUUGGUGUGGUUUCAUUUUCUCUAGAAGUGCGAGAGACUUCUCUUACAUCUUUUCUGCCAUGAGAUGAGCCUUGCCUUCCAAGACCCCGUACCACUUACUGUAAGUAUGAGUGGGGGGAAUUUUGUUAGUUUUGCCUACACAUCAAGUGCAAUUAAAGAAAAAGUACCCAAAAUAGAUUUACAUGUUGACUCAAAUCCUGAUUUAUGCUUCCUCUAGAUUUACAUUUGGUAGUUAACACUAACUCUAUACCAACCGUACCCCCUAACCUUGGCUCCAACCAUUCACCUACACUAUAACUAUGGAUCGACUGACCUCAAUUUUCCAGAGACAAUACAGAUUAUCGGUCACCAUUCAGGGUGAUUACCGAUAUAUGUUGCCAAUAUUCUGUACACUUAAAGUUUUGAAAAGCAAAAAUUUUUACACAGAUAUAGCAUUAAAUGAACACUAUCCUGUCAGGAACACAGUUUUGUAUUCCUAAUACUAUAGUGUCCGUCUGCCCUCACGGUAAUUGUAAAUUACAAGACUGAUUCAGACUAUAAGAAAUAUUCAGAGCAUGAACUCUAAUAAUUGGCAGAAAGUAUCAAACAAUCCCUACCUCUAAUCCUAAAAUUGCAUUAACCCUUGCCUUUCUAACCCCAACUCAAAGGGAUUUCCCAGCUCAAACAGUAGAGUGUACGGAGUGUGGUUGUACUUGAGAUUGCAACAGCAUUUCGCUUUGGCACGUGUUCCUGGCCAGAUGUCAGCUUAAAUUUUCUCUGGGUCCUACUAUUUGUACUGCUGGGUGCUGGAAAGGAAAUCGGUACAACAGGGUUCUGGAUAAGGCAGUCACAUAGGUUGAUAUGGGUUCAACCACAAUAGGAAAGUCCUCUGUUUAAAAUAGAGGCCAGAGAAUCUGGCUAGAAACAUUUCUAAGAGCCUUGUUCAAAGAAACAGAUCAGGAUCCCAUCAAGCUCCCACAUAAUGUUAAAUUAGCUUCUGAAUUUGUAAUGCGUCUUCAAAAAGUUCCAGAUUAUCUGUAAGAUCAUUGGGACUGGCUAUGGUGAGAUAAAAUACAGUAUAACUACAUUUCUGGCAGAUCCUCCAUCUAGAUAGUUUUUUGGGAUUUACAGUUUGUAGAAGGAUAUCUGUUUGGUUCGUCCUUGGCAGAGAGGGUAAAAAGCCCUACCACAAGGAAAGACGAAAUCAAAACUAGAGUAAAAUUUUAUUUUUAUUUUUCUCAAAAAUAUUAGCCUAUGUAAGAAGCAUUUCUAUAGAAGGUAAUAAAGAGAUGGGAAGAGAAAACCAAAUACAAAAGAAAAUUAUCCAGAAGGAACAAAUUAGAUAGUCUGACGCUAGGCCGAUGGGUGGAGCAUCAUCCCAUUUUCUUUCAGUGUGGUAAAGAUUAAUGUCCAGAAGACCAUUCUAGAAGAGGUUAAUGUAGAAGAGUAGAAUCUCAGGGUUUUGUUUUUUUUUGUUUGUGUGGCAAAACAAAAUGUGUACUCGCCUUAAAUUUAAUUUACCUAAGGUUUAGAGGCGACAUAAGUUCCCUGCCCUUUUAAUUAAAAUUCAUAAUUUUUGCAGUUUAUUUAACUUUUUUCUCAUUACAUCUGUUUGUCAAAAACAUCUACUUUAACUGUAUGUUCAGAGCAGCUGUCUUAAUUUAAUGGGGAGAAAUAUUAAUUUACACUGUUGCUGAGAUAAAAUGGUCCCAGUCUAUUUUGGUCUAAAACAAAAUAUCUGCACUAGUAGUUGUAAUACAAGGUUCCCUUUUUAAUGCAUGUUGUAAAUCGGAGCUCAAACUUUCCAUUAGCAAGUGAUAAUUUAGCCCUGGAAAGAAGAAAUUCAGCUAUGGCGAGUGUGAUAUGGACUCUCCAGAUUUGCAGUUGCAAAAGGCAAGUUGUCAAACAAUUGUAAAACAGUUUGACAUUAGGGUGGCACAAGGGCACUCCUGACAUCAAACCCACUACAUUUGGCUAUAGGGGUUAUGGUGACUGGAGUUCUCCUUUAUUUUGCCUGUGUUUACAAUAGUCAUUACCUAGUAGUUGGCUUGUGUCCCCUUCAGUGGCAUCACUGAUAGCAGAUGUAACUUUUGUAAUUUCUGUACUCUGUCCUCAUUGGAUGAUAUUUUUUCCAGGUGCCUGAUUAUUACAGAAUAAUCAAAAGACCAAUGGAUCUUUCCGCCAUAAAACGCAAACUCCAGUUAAACAGCUCACCAAACUAUUCACGUCCAGAGGAGUUUGUUAGUGAUGUCAGACUUAUCUUCAAAAACUGUAUGGAAUUUAAUGAAGUAAGAGAAAUUUAUUUACAUAUUUGGGUGCUGCGAUGUUUCAAAUGUUAUUUACAUUUCAGAUUCCUAUAUCCUUGUCAUUUUCUUUUGAAGUAAAGCUUUGGAAAUUUUAAAUCAAUAUUUUUUUUUUUUUUUCGUUUUUGUCUUUUCACAGCCUGAUUCUGAAGUGGCCAAAGCUGGUAUCAAACUAGAGGAGUACUUUGAUGGGCUUCUUGUAAAUAUUUACAAUGAUAGAAAAUUCCCUAAAACUGGGCACUACAAGGAUGAUCUUCUUGCAAGUGAGGACUCUGAUGAUGAAUUUGUGGUACCUCGAAAAAAACGCUUCAAAAUUGACGAACGCUUACUUUUCAAAUAAACUACUGCCUCCAAAGGAUUCCUGCACAUAGAACUUCAUGUAAAUAGGACAAAUAUAAUUGUUUGACAAAAUUAAAACACAAUGUAUUUUUGAAAUGUUGCAAGACUCUGCACUUAAUGUACAGCCUGGACAUAGUGCAAAGAGGUAGCACACUGCCUUCUUUGGAGAGAGCUUCAAAUGCAUUUUAACAAUUCCACAGACCUCACUUUAAUCGGCAUUGUCUGGACUUGGAUGUGACCACGCAUAACAAGCAUCCUCAGGAUAGUUUCAGUCCAUAGUGCACAACUCAAUGGUUUUUCUUACAGCUCUUCCUUAAAUAUGAUUUCAAAUUUGCUUUCCCUGUCGUGUCCUAACACUUUGAUAGCCAAAGUGUAAUCCUUUUCUGACACCUGGGGAGGGACAAAAAGUCUUAUUGCAAAGAUAAAUCUGUAUGACUUAAAGAUCGGCUCAAAAUGCAGGUUAAUGUGUGUUUGACAAAUACAAAUGCUCCUGCAGAAAGCAAAAGCUUCACAUCUACAACAGAAAUGGCGAUGGUUCUACUGUAAUUCUUCAGCCUCUGUUUUAUUUUAUCUCCAUAUUUUUAUUGCUUAUGUUGCAUACAGCCAUAUAUUUGAACUUGAGCCCGCAUGUGUUGGCAGUAAUUGUGCUGAAACAGAGCUAUCAGGAAGAAGACUGAUAACUUUUUUUUUUUUUUUGCCCAUCUAGGUCUAGUCUUGGGUACUUUUAGUUUGCACAAUACUCCAUGGGGAAAAGACAGAUAAGGAGUAUGCUGGUAAAAUGUUUAUUUAUCAAAAACUGACGUUUUGGGUGCUGUUCUAAUUAUUUUUACAAUAUUUUGAGUAAUCAUGCAAAUGUGUGUUUGGCAUUCCAUGUUAAACACAGGCUUUUUUUCCAAUGAAGAACAGUGGGAAUUGUAUUUUUUUAGAUUAAGCUCACUUUUCCCAGUCUUUUCCUUCAUUGUCCCCAAAAGUAGUCUUGACCUGCUGGUUUUGUUAGCAGUAGAAAGCAAGCCUUCUAUGUAGAGAAUGCUCUAAGCACUAACCUUUUGGGCUUUGAGAUUAGUCCAUAUGCUUUUUAAUCAGGAAGGCAGGAAUUUUGAAUCCUCUCCACAUUUUUGCCUUUCCAACUUCUGAUUUGGCUAUACCAAGUGUAUUUUCUAUGAUUUAAUUUAAGUGGUGAACUGACUUGAAUGUUAUCUGCGUCUCUAAAACAUGUACAUAUGGUGGGUCAGUAGCCCUAUAAAAAAAAAAAAAAAAAAAUUAUUUUAGGAAUGACUUCCAUUGUUUUGAAACAAUAAUGAAAAGUUUAUUUAAUUAAUCUACACGUGUUUUAAUUAAAUCAGUAUGAUAAUGUAGUUUAUCAGACGUAAGUUUAAAAAAAUUAAUUAAAAAAUCACUAAUUACAAGUAGUGAAAUAUAGUGAAACAGUGUUACAAUGGGUCAAACAGACCCUUAAAACCCCCAGCAUAUUGCUUUGCUAUAUCAACAGGGAUUUAAGGGAACAUGUCAAAAUCAGUGUUGCAUUAAUAAUGUCUCUCCAGGUGAUUGAUGUUUAAAAGAAAACCUAUACAUCUCCACAUUAUCAAUGUUCUGUUUAAAAGCCAAAAAAAGUCCAACAUGGUCUUCAACCUGCGGUUGGAUUACAGUUCUUCAGAGCCUGAUAACCAAUAGCUGACAGAGAACAUUUGUUUAUUACAGUCAAACAGGAUUAGGAGGGGACACGUUUUGGUGCAUCUGGUAAACACUUAGGAAAGGAUUAAAUAAUUGCUUCUAUGGAGGUGGUUCUUGCGAAGUCUUUGUACAAGCCUCUCUGGUCUCCCAGUGUUUCACUACAUUUAGUGUCCUAAACAAUAGAAAUUGCAAAUGCAAUUUGUCAAGCUAUUUUUGUGGAAAUGGUUUCGCAGUUGAUUUGCAUUAUUUCUCCCCUGCACAGGCACCUGACACAUAUAUACAUACAUUUUUAUUUAUAUUUUUUUUCCAUUCAUUCAUUAUUGAAUAAAAUAAUGUCUUAAAGUUUCUAAAAUGCAAAGAUGUUGAUCAGUCAAUCAAGUGUUAUUUUUGCUCUUAUCCUAUAAUAUCUGUACCUCUUUGAAGGUGACAGUGGUGUUUCAUAGGCAUUUUAGUAAUGUACAAGGAGCAGCAAAUUGAAUGCCAUUUUGUGGGGUGGGGGGCUGUCUUUAUUUAAAAUAGACUGCAUUACUUGUGAAGGAAGAUGUAACAUUUAUUUUCUUAACCCAGAAGUUCUCGUUAGAUGAACUGUGAGAUUUGUGAAGACCAAGCUUUUUUUUUACUAUAAACUUGGAAGGGAACUUGUGCAGUAUACAUUUUAAUUGUUAGUUUGAAUUGUCUAGUAUGCCUACAUCCAUUUGAUGACCGGUUCUGGGGAAUUUGACCGUAUAAUUGUGAGACUUAUUAGACACCAGAUUUACCCCCGUACUUGCCUAGUCUUUUUGAGUGUUUCAUAUAUUAUCGUUCAAUCCCAGCAUUAGGGCAGAUUAAAACUAUUAGAGAUGCACAUUAAUUUAUUUUCAAUAUAAGCCUGUAAAGAAGUAAUUGUUGAACUUACCAUAUGCAUUGAACGCCAAGAUUUCAAAAGCCAUAAGCACUCAAAUCUGGAUUUUAUACAUGUUGACACCUCUGUGUGUAAAAAAACUAAAAAGUUUCUUUACAUUUUGAACAUGUAUUUUUUUUUUAUAACCAGUUUUGUCUCUGACCAGAAUCACCUGUGAACAAGGAUUCCCAAUAUAUGAUUCAUAUAACUGAAUAUAAAUGUAAUUAUUUGUCAAUGUCCUGGGAUAGGUGUCACUACUGUGAAAUGUUCAAUACUAGAGAACUGGUUCAUGCACCACAGGGUUUAAAAACUAUAAACCACAGUUGCUUUUGGUGUUCUUUAGCUCCUUGUAGGUUUCUAGGUGGUUAUGGGUGCAAGAACUAAGGAAGCCUUCAACAUGAGGUUUAGACAUCAAAUUUAGUAUGUAAAUUACUAAACUGCAGAUGUCUAAUGUUGACUUUCCAUGUGAUGGACUAAAGAUUGACAGAGGAUUUAGGCAAGCUUGCCAGUUUUACCAAUAAAAUAUGGGUCAAAUUUAACAAGUGCGUAAACAAAGCUGUCAGAGUAGAAAUAUGCCGUUUAAUUUCCUUGAUGCAUCACUACUUGUGUUAUACUUGCCACAUUUACUACUUCAUGUAUCAUUCUGUGCGGGUAAUGUUAUUGUAUUACAAUGGCAUAAUCACUCUUCAAUAUUUGUCAUGAAAUUAAAGGGGAAUUGUCACUUCCCUGGAUUUAUUUUUACGAAUAACUUUAUUUAACAAAUGUAGAUUUGUGAGAUGAAAUGUAGAAACCCACACUUCUUUAUCACGGAACUGGGCAUCUCCAUCUAAAUUCCCUGUUGGCAAUUGCUGUUAGUAACUGCUUAUGGCAUACAGAAAAGAGGAGAUCUGAAACUAGGUUUGGAUUUCUCUUUUCAUCAAGAGUGUGUGCCUUCUCUAAAUUUGCUAGAUCUAAAAAAAAGAGCACCUCAAGCAAAAGGUUAACACAAAUUCUAGGUGAUUUCCAAUAUUUUUUAUUGGUGUAUUUUCCAGAAAAGUGAUUUUCCCUUUAAAAUGACCUUUGGAACAUGAAAAUCCCUAUUGCUUACUGUAGUGCUUAAAGUGCUAGAAAGCUGUGGAUCCAGCCCUUUUUGCAUGUUUUUUUUUUUUCCUUUGCAUUAAGCAGUUUUUAAUACAUUUAAAAAAAAAAAAAAUCCUAUACCCAAAGCUUCUUCUCAUGUUGCAAUGUCAUAAUCCAUUUUGUAUGCAGUGUUGGUGCACAUUGCAUAUGUACACAAAGUAAUAAAAACAUUUAAAUAAGAUUCAGACAAGCCAAUGUGUGUUCUUUCAGUGGCACCAAAUCUAAGCAUAUAGCCUACAUCAUUUAUAUGGGGUCUGUGUUUAAAAUCAAUAAGAAUGAUUUCCCUAUUAUGUCCCAUCUUACAUUUAAAAAAAAAAAAAAAAAAAGUGUAAUUAAGAUGACCCUCAAUGCUGUCAUAACUCAGCUAGAGGAAUUGUGGGGGGGAGGGGGCAGAGGGAGAGACUUUGGGUACAGGGCGUUUCUUUGGUUCAUAUUAAAGCAAAGGACAACUGCCAAAAAGGUGAUUGCACUUGUAGCUUUCUAGCAUUAAAGCUACUCCAUACUAUAUUGAAUAUGAUGCCAGACUGUCCAGGAACACUGUGCAACAUAACCACCUCAACUACUUGAAGUGGUUUUGGUGCCUGGAGUCCCUAGAGCCCUAUCACUUGUUCCAUUAUUAAAUAGUUUCAAACAGGGGGGUGGGGGGGCGCCCCGGAGGUCCUGCUACUUUUCUGAUGUUCUUUGCUUAUGACUGUCAGUUGUCACAUUUUUUGCCAUGAUGGGAUACAGAGCAUAACUUCACUUCAGUCAUUGCUAGUAAAAUGGCCUAUGGGCACCAGGUAUCCUAAUUCACUUUUAAACUGUUCAUAAAUGGAGUAUGGUGCCAGGGGACUUCACCAUUUCAAUUAACCUAAGGGGUUAUAGUACCAAGAGUGUCAAAAAAAAAAAAAAGCUUAAACAUAGCUUAAGAAAAUCUAUGAUUCGGUUAAACGUCGUUUAGCUUUGUAUGCUUCAGGAUAAAUUAUUUUUGUUUUGUUUUUACAGUCAGGUAAUUUAAAGAGAAAAAAAAUUCUGAGGAAAUUUUGACAUUGCUAAUCAAUGUUUAAAGGUAACGCUAAAGUUCAUUAUUGAGCCCAUUCAAUUAAGCGCUAAUAAAAUAAUUGAGAUGACCCUCAAUACUGUCAAAACUCAACUAGAUGAAUGCAUUUAGAGUUUGGGAGGGGGAGAAGGUCUUUUACCAAGGCAUAAAUGGAGUUCUUAGCUAUUUCAAUAGGAAGCUAAAUACCUCUAAAAAUAGGGGAUUGAAGGAUAAAAAUGACAGUGGCUCAGUCACUGAUCAUUAUAGUUAAUAUUUGUGAGAUGGUAGUAAUUAAAGUAUUGAUUCCCUGACAGGCAAUUUUUGUUUUAAAAAAAUAUAUAUAAUAAUGUGCCGAGGACGUUUUGAUUCUAAAAAUGGAUUCACAGUUGCCAGUUUUAAUUUUUUACCUUGGUUGAAUCCACAAUGCAAACUCAGCUUACACAGGUGAUUUAAGAGUUAUGUCUUCAAAUGUGGAAGAACUGCAAGUAUGUGAUGCUUUAACUAACUUGGAGAUAUGAAAACCAAAGGUCAUGGCUGCUUAGCACCCAAGUGAAGUUAUCCAGGGCAGCUACCAGUGGCUUUUUGUAGAUUUAAAAAAAUUAUAUUUUGGGUAUGAAAUGUUGUAAGUAGAGACUGGCAAAACAGGACUAUGAUUACAACUCAAUUGUCAAGCAAAUUACAAAUAGUAAAAUUUGCCCAUCUGUUGCCUUUCCCAAUUGUUUUACUUGUCCCUAAACAUUAUGGAAGUUAGAGGUUCUUCUGAACAUUUGCAUUAAAGAAAAACUCUAAUGUAUUUGCAGAUUAUUAUCUGUAUGUUUGCUUGUUUGGAGGUGAUUUUGAUUUUUUCCUUUGUUACUUUAGUGCAAUCCUUGCCAUUUUACUAGGUUUGUUCACUGUCCUGGUGCAGUUUAUUUUGUUCACUGUAUACAGGAAAAUUGUGUGAAACUGGUUAAAUCUUUAUUUUGAGAAUCUCUUCUAUAUUCAUGCAAUUCUUAUUCCAUAAAAUGAAAUUAACUAGUGUUUGUAGCAGUAUGUAACAGGAAUAAGCUAAAGUUGUCUUCAAGGAUAAAAUAAAGUCCUUCUCUUCUUUGGUGUCUUUACUUGCUGUUAAACACAACAUUGUAUGUUUUCUAUGAGUGAAGAAAUAAGAAGGUCCCCAAGACACUAUGAACUAUAAUCUUCUCUCUAAGUCAGAUAAGGUGGAACAGGAGUGAAAAAUAUUGUAUAUACAAAAAAAUACAAGGAGUCCUUGCACGCUGACUCACAAGAAUCAGCAAGGCAGUGUCCAAAUAAUGCAAUUUUUUGUUUUCUUUUUUUAAUUGUAUUUCCAUUGACCAAUACUUUCAGCUACACUUUGCAAUAGUACAGGAAUGGUUGGUUGACAUUUCAGUCCCACCUGGGUACUUUGCUCAGCACUACUAAGAAAAGUUCCCAAGUGCCACUGAAAUGUCGACCGACCUUUUCUUUGUUGCUAUAAAGUAUAGUGGAUUGUAUCAGUCAAUGGAUAUCCAAUAAAGAACUGGAACUUUUGGAUCAAUGACAAAGAGUGUUUUCAUUCUCUUAUAUAGUCCCAAUACCUCAAAUUUCCCACCCUCCAUCCAAAAUUUUGUGCACGCUGAAUGUUUGGGCAAGUGUAAACCUGAAAUUUAUUCUUGAUAAUUUUGAUACAGCCUCUCUCAUGGUCGAUAACACUACAUUACAGUAUUACUAUGAGAAUAUAUUAGUAGUUACACAAGUGUGUUACUGUAAUGUCAGCUAUUCAGACAGAUAAGCCUCUCUGCUAAUUAUGGUCUGUCGGACAGCCUAUAGAAAGCAAUAGGGUCAAUAACUGUGCAGGCAAUGCUAAUAUUACAGAGAGCACUACUUCAUGUUUUGUGUUCCUUUAUGCACUGGAGCACUAAUAUUGUCACUCUAAAACAAACGGAAUGUGAACACCCCCAUUACUGCUGCCCACCAACUCAGACUACUGACCUAAUGAUAUCUUUCAGUAGAGAACCAUAAGCAUAUCCUUAAACAGGGAUUUUACCAUCCAGGAGCAUAUAGCUGGAGCUAAUUUUAAGCUCCAGAAAAUUGUAUGUGCAAUGUCUAUUAUUUUAUCACCGCUUAAUCCAAAU